AUGAAUACACAGACUUGCCUCGUUUUCUUCUUCUCUUCUCUAAUCAUCACAAACAUAGCCUUAGCGCAAGACCGAGCUCCUCACGGGUUGGCUUAUGAGACCCCAGUGGCGUUUUCACCUUCUGCAUUUGACUUCUUUCACGCGAAACCACAAAACCAUGAUGCAACUUCAGAGCCUUGCGCUGAAUCCGGCUGCUCGCCUCUCCCAGUGUCUGCAAAGGUUCAAGGAGCUUCUGAAAAAGCACAGAAAAGCGAGAUAGCAACAAUGUCAAUUGGUUCGAGAAGCGGAAUGGGAGCUGGUGGUGUGGUCGGGAUCAUCUUUGGAAUUGCGUUUGCCAUGGUGAUGUGAACCAUUCUAGUUCCAUCCAACCCCUAGUGUUUUAAACUGAAAUUAUGAUAGAUUAUAUAGCUAGACUUUGAGUUGAUAUGUGUGUUUUUUCCUCACCUUUUCUUGAAGCUUGUAUUUAGAUUUCCAUAUCCAUUGGUUAAUAGGAGAGUAUUCGACUGUC